GCUGCGUACUAUUGGUUACCACUCACUCGUGCAGUACCACAUUUCGUGCAUCCUCCAAAACCACACUUUUCCUACUACAAAUCUUCAAGCUACUAUGUCCAUUUGAAAUAAUAAUACACAAGAACAUCUUACGAGCUUAGACGGAUGCAUUCGGACAAGAAACAAGAGAGAUAAAUGUUUGCUUGUGACAAAGGCUUUUGUCACUUCCAUUGUCACCUGCCGUCCGAUGCCGUAGCGGAGUUUCAACUCAGACGCGUUGGUGGCAACGCGUCUGGACGCGUCUACUUGCCGCACGGAUGGCGCGCACUCGAGUCGGUGGGAAGCGAAAAGGUCCCCGAGAUCCCACCAAAGAGGCUCGCAUUCAAGCCGCCAUCCAGGAUACCUUGACUGGUGUUCAUGGCAGUUUUCGCAGUGCUGCCAUAGCUCACAAUGUACCCCCACAGACUGUGCGAGAUCGUGCGGCAGGCAAACACCGUACUCGACGCUCAUUCCUCAAUGAAUCCCAAGAAAAAGUACUGGUGGACUGGUGCCACCAUAACUCGGAUUCAGCAACCCCUCUACAUCCUCGAAAACUCCGUGCUCAAAUACUGGCGAUAAUCCUCGAUUUUCGGCGCUAUAUGGUUCAAAACGACGCACUGGCAGGCCUGUUGCCGUUGCCGUUGCCGUUGCCAACCCAACUUCGAAUGAAAACUCAACACCUUCAGCAAGUACUCCUCUCCCCACGGCAGCCAACAAUAUGUUCCACCCGCAGCCACCAUUUUUUCCGCAAAUGCAAGGAUCUCUCCCCAUUCCUUAUCCGAACCACCUACAUCAUGUUGGCCCCGCUGUACUCUCAACAACCGCUCCUGUCAUAUCUACAUCAUCACAGCCAUUGCUGUCUGGGCAUCCUAAUAGUCUCCCUUUUCAUUACUCCGGCAACUCGCAAUACAUAUUCAAUUAGAUUACUACAUACUAGCCACUGGUACACUCGUAUAUAUCUUCCUAAUAUCUAAUCCACAGCGUGUCGAGCGGACUGCGAAAUCGGACAGUGUGACUAUUCCGUGACUUUCCGUGACAUUUGCGUGACUGCACGAAAUGUGGGACUGCACGAGUGAGUGGUAACCAAUAGUA